CUCUUUUGGACGGGGAAGACUUUUAUUACAGCGGCUUCUUUUACCUUUUUCCUUUCCUCACCGCGUCCAAGCGUUUGAUAAGGAAGACGGUCACGCGGGGGGCUUUCUGGAAGAGUGACGAUGCACACGGGCAGAUCCGAGGUCUCCAUGCAGAAGUCAUCCUCCGUCUUAGGACUGCUCGGUCAGCAUCAGGCUCCCGCGCACUUCGCCGGCUUCAGCUUCUCCGUGUCCGCGCAUCACUGCGCGAGGAGAGCGGAGGCAAGCGCGAGCCCCGGUGACCACGCGGGCGACCCGCACGCGCCGAGCGCGAGGAGACCGGCCGUCCCGCCGCAGAGCCAGCAGCGCGCGAGGAGGACCCCGCAGGAGCGCUUCAGCCACGAGUCUGCGCAGCCAGCUAACGGGGGCGGCAACCCCUUCUGCCCUGGCAAGAAGGGUGGGCCGGAAGCUGUGGGGACGACAGCAGCAGUGACGACGGCUGGAGAGUGUGCAUUGACUCUUUGCGGGCCCAACCGUGCUGGAAGCCAGUGUGCAGAGGAACGCUUUGUGGCCUCCUGUGACCGUUCCUCACAGGAUCUCUGUCUCCAGAGCAACCAACACCAUGAUGCAAGAUCUUCCGGCUUCACGGACGUGCUCGCUUCGUCGUGCGACAGCUGCCUAAAUGGAUCGGCCUGUCUACCGCAGCACAUCAAGCAGGAGCGGUACAAGGUCGCUCUGGGCAUCCCACCUGGUCCAGAACUUGUCCAUGGCAGAGCUGGGUGUACAGAGCAGAGUGUGGGCCCAGUGAUCUUGCCCCCAUCCGAACGGGAUGGCCAUGGUGGCUAUAGGAGCACGCUGUUGUCGUGCCCCUUUAAUAAUGAAGGCGGCUCCUCCCCUGACCCAUUGUCCCCCGACGGGUCCCGUCACUCAGCGCGGCUGCUCCAUGGAGGCAGCCUGAAGAGGCGGUGCCUGAGUAUGGGCUCGGGCACUGGAGCAACAGAGGGGAUCGAUGUCACCGCCAUCAUCUGCUCAUCCCAGAUGUCCGUGGUGGCCUGCGUCAACGGACUCCGCACCGGCUCGCCCGCCGCCGCCCCCUUCCCUCCUCGCCACCUGCCCGCUCACAGCCCUCAGCCCUCCGAGGAGGGCUGCCACCCACCUUCGCCGGCCGACUGCUUGCUGUCCUUCAGGUCUUCGGCCUCCUCCUCGUCCUCCACCUCAUCAGACCCUGGGGAGCCGGAGCGCAGCCACUGCGAGGGGCUGCUCCCCAUGCAGCAGCCACCGCCACUGCGACCCCCUCUCCUGCCGGCACCCGAGCCGGCUGAGGGCUUCAGCUUCCUGGUCAACAGCGUUCUGCAGCAGGGGCUGUUGGAAGGCUGUCAGAGAGCCAACUCGUUGAAACAGGAGCCUGCUGAUGAGCUCUCACCCGCCGAGGAGGAGCUCUUUACUCAGCACCCGCAGCACCGGCACCACCCUCUGCGCCCAGGCCUCCCACCGCCCUACCACCUGCAUCAGUAUUUCAGCCCUGGGACAGGGGCCCUGGUUCACCUCCCGGGCCAGCCUCCGGCCUCCUCCCCACUGGCCCAUAAGGCCCUGGGCUCCUCCGGGCCCGCCGAGCGUGAGGACAUUACAGACAAGCAGGCGUGUCGCUGGAUUGACUGCAGCGCUGCCUAUGAGCAGCAGGAGGAGCUGGUGAGGCACAUCGAGAAGGUGCAUAUUGACCAGCGCAAGGGUGAGGACUUCACCUGCUUCUGGGCCGGCUGUGUCCGCCGCUACAAGCCCUUCAACGCUCGCUACAAGCUUCUGAUCCACAUGCGAGUCCACUCAGGGGAGAAGCCUAACAAAUGCAUGUUUGAAGGCUGCAACAAGGCCUUCUCCCGGCUCGAGAAUCUGAAGAUCCACCUGCGCAGCCACACGGGGGAGAAACCCUACCUCUGUCAGCACCCUGGAUGCCAGAAGGCCUUCAGUAACUCCAGCGACCGAGCCAAGCACCAGCGCACACACCUGGACACGAAACCCUACGCGUGCCAGAUUCCCGGCUGCACCAAGCGCUACACGGACCCCAGCUCACUGCGCAAGCACGUGAAGGCCCACUCCGCCAAAGAGCAACAGGUGCGUAAAAAGCUUCGCUCUUGUUCCCACCUGGAAUCAGAUGUCCUGAGUGAGUGUCUGGCCAUGCAGCACCUCCACGCUUCAGCCCCAUCUCAGCACCUCGUCAGCGGGAAGGCAGCCAGGUCCCCCGGGCUGAGCCACGAGAUCUUCACAGGGAUGUAUGUCGGCUCCAGUGGCCACCAGAAUGGAGCCACAUCUGGACUCCUCCCUCCCACACAAGACCUGUCCGCUGGGCAGCAGGGCUUGGAAACCAGCAUCGGCGCCCCCCACAGCCAUCUGCCCCCCAUGUCUGCUGCUGAAAACAGCCGGGAGGGGCUGGGAGCCCCCAUCCUGUCCCCAGGGAUCGGGUCCAUCAGGACCUCGGGACCUCCUCCGCAGCCCUUGGAUAAACACGGCUCCCCAGUUGAGCAGCAGCACCUCCCUGCCCACCACAAAGCCUACGCCCACUUCCACGACCCACCCGCACACGAAGGUUACCAAGGCAGCUUUCAGAGCUGCUUCCAUUACGGAGACAAUUACAGAAUGGAACAGUCUGUCAGCGAACUCCAUUUAUCUGGGGACUCCCACUCUUUCAAUCCGCAUCGGCAGAAUGGGUAUCCCGUAUCCAUCUCCACCAGCUCUUCUGCAGGCUUCAACAUGGUUCAGGACAUCCAGGAGUUCUCCCCGAGCCCCGAGGAGAGCGUCUUCUUCCAGGUCGGCAGCUUCGACCGCUGCCUGAACCAGAUGUCCUCGGUGUACACAGAGACAUGAGGCCCAGUAAGGGUCCAGGGUUACACAUAUUCAUGGUCUCCAGAGGAAAAGCCUUGUUUUCUCACUUUGUUUUCACAUGCCAGCAAUGUUACUCUCCUUUCGCCCCUCUUCCAGUCUUCCCAUUGCUUUUGGAACUACUGCAUGUGUACGUACUGAAAGUUUAUCAUUUUGCUGUGUUUUUGUCGAUGAAGAAAGAUGUGUUUGCAUUCCGUUGUUGUAACACUUUUAUUUUUGAAUACAGUUUUUGUUUUUGCAGAGCUGAAAUUGGAAGUCUGUGGUUUUAGGAAACAAUUACUGCUACUCAGUCAUGUUGGUCAAGGUUCAAAAACAAAGUGUAAAAAAUGUACAGUUUGUUUAAAACAUUUAUUCUAAA